AGGAGGAGGAAGAGGAGCCGGCAGAUAAGAGGAGGAGGAGCUGGGAAAGAGGAGGAGUGAGAAGGAGGGAAGCAGUAACCAAGAAGAGGAGAAAGAGAAAACAGCAGAGGAAGAGGAGGCAGGGAUAAUUAGUAAGAGAAGAGGAUAGAAGAGGAAGAGGGGGAGAGGGAAAGACACAACAGUAACGAAAGGGAAGAAGAAAAGAUAAAGAGAACAGAGAAGAAGGAAGUGAAAGAAGAGGAGAAAGAGAAGUUAACAAAGAAGAAGACACAGCAAAAGAGAGGAAGAGGACGAAGAGGAUACAACAAGGAAGAAGAGAAACAAGAGAGAAAGAGAGAGGGGAAGUGGAUACAAGCAAUUAAAUAACAAAAAAGGAAUAAAUAAGUGAAGAAGGAAAAGAAGAGAAAUAGGAAGACGAUAAACCAGAGAGGAACACACUGAAGGAAGACAAACCGUGAAGAGGAAGACAGCGAGAAAAAAAAUAAAAGAUCAAAAGAAAAAAAAAGGAGGAAGAAGAAAAAAGGACAGGGAACUAGUGGCGGAAAAGAACUCAAAAGGGAAACGUAGAGGAGGGAGAUAAAAGCAGAAAAAAAAGGAGGAGGAGGAAGAGGAGGAGUAGGAGGAGAAGAAGGAAGAGGAGGUGGAAGAGGAGGAGAAGACACAAAAGAAAAAAAGAAAAAUAAUAAAAAAAAAACAAUGAAAAUGAAGAAGCACCGAAGUGAGCAAAGAUAGAUACAAAACAAACAUUGAGAGAGAGAGAGAGAGAGAGAGAGAGAGAGAGAGAGAGAGAGAGAGAGAGAGAGAGAGAGAGAGAGAGAGAGUCACUUAACUGGCGUGACAGAAAGAGCGGAAAGAUUCAGUUAUUCACCAACCCACCCAGCCACUCACCCAUACACACACACACACACACACACACACACACACAGGAUGGGGUCAGGCAGUAGCAAGGUGGGGGGCGGGCGAGGCAAAGGGAAGGAUAGCUACCUGCAGGAGGAGCUGAAGGAGCACGAGGGAAGCAUCAACUGUCUGGUGCUCUCUGAAGACUGCUCACUCAUCGUCACGGGCUCCGACGACGCCACCGCCCGGAUGUGGAGUGCCCUCACCGAACCGCCCGAGUGCCUGGGUGUGCUAAGGGGUCACCAGGGAAGGGUCACUAGCGCGACGAUGGGCGGUACGUAUGUCUUCACGGGCGGCAUCGACACGACCAUCAGAAAGUGGGACAUGUGCACCUCAGAGUGUUUGUAUACGUAUAAAGGUCACAUGCAGCAGAUCAACCGUCUUCUGUGCUCUGGGGACUUCGUCAUCUCCACCUCCUACGACAAGACAACGAGGGUGUGGCUCAUGGAGGCAGACGACGCGAUGAGUGUGGAUGAAGUGUGCCUCAGAGUGCUGGAGGGUCACCAGCGUGCGGUGUACCCCGUGGUCUUCAUCCCAGGCAAGGACACGGGCGGCCUGAACGAGGAGGGCCUGCGCAUUAACCCUGGGGACUUGCUGAUCACCGGCAGCAUGGACACGACGGCCCGCUCCUGGUCCCUCGAUAUGGGGAUGUGUCUCAAGGUGUUCCGGCAGCACACUGGGGCCGUUACCUGCAUGGAUACGGAUGAAGCUGGCAGAUUCUUGUACACUGGAAGCCACGACUGUCAAGUUAUCAUUUGGAAUAUUAUCGCAGGAAGGAGUCUUAAGAUUCUGGACGGGCACAAGGACGCCAUCACGUGCCUCAAAGUGGUGAACCGCCUCAUGUACACAGGCAGCGCGGAUUCCACGGUCAAGUGUUGGGUUCGUGAAUACGGGGACUGCACGAGGACCUACAAGCAGAGCAACGCGGAGGCCAGCGUGGUGUGUGUCAGCUUCCACGGUGGGAUUGUGUUCGUGGGGUACACUGACUGCACCGCAAAAGCCUUCGACGCCAAAAGCAGUUCACUGAAGCGAGAGUUUCGAGGUCACACCGACGCAGUGAAUCACCUCGUCGUUACUGCGGGGCGCCUCUAUACCACCAGCUCCGACGGCGCCAUGAGGGUGUGGGACGCCUCCGGGAUGAGCGACCAGAUCACCGCCACACGCCAGGACAACUCAGACCUGCGUGACCUGGACCGGGAGCUGGAGCUGGAGCUGGACCAGUACUUGGAUGACAAUACUGGUGACCUCCUGGGGAACUGAAAGGGG